UCCCUUACUAGACGCCGUGCAAUUCCUCCUAUUCCACCAACUACAACUGCAUUUUUCCCUCUUCUGCAUACCUUCCAACCAUCCUAGUACUUUUAAAUUAUUUACAUUCUUUAACACAAAUCUUUUCCUAACAAUUUUAGUGACACUCCUGAUUCUUCUGCAAAUUUUGGUAAGUUCAAUUCAAAAUAUCAUCAUUGAAUGAAUAUUUAAUAAUUUUAUGUUUCUUUACAAGUUCAGUUGUUGCUGGAGAGGAACAAAUGGACUUCAAUGUUUGGUUAUAAUUAAUUCCCGCAUGAUGUACUUAUAAAAUAUAAUUUAAAUUAUUAACAAUUUUCAUUACAUGUAAUACUAACAAUAGCGAAGCCAAAUGAUGAUGAUGAUGUUUAAAAAAAUCAUAAUUAACGAUAAUGUACAGAUUUGAGACACGCGCGCAUAAACGUGGUAUUUAAACAGCCACACGAUAUUUAUUGAAACAUCCCAAUCUGCAAAAGACAGCCGAACGGGCUAACAUUACCAAUUUAUACUAUCCAGUGCAAGAGUUCACGCGAAUUUAACGCAUUUUUACUGCCUUAUAAUCAGAAAUUCUAUCGGAAAUGUCUUUUAAAAUAUUUAUCCUAAUUUUAAAAGCACUUUUUAUUAACAUUCAGGCGAUAUUUCAACAAUUUAUAAAUUUAGCCCUCCACCAUGACCAUUGCUGUUGUUGAUGUUGGUGCUUUUGGCAGAAUAUUGUUGUUGUUUGGCUGUCACACCGAAAAAUACGCGUAAACAAACCAGAAGUGUUAAAAAUCAAAAGUGUGUAUUUCAGUGUUUUUUCAAGCGGUUUUCGAUUAAUUGUGUUUUCCGCAAAGAACACAUCAUGGAAAAGUCUUUCACGAAGCGAAUUCGAUACAACUCUCAUCUGUAUCGCAAUUGUGACAAUCUAGAAUGUGAUAACGCAAUUGCAAGUGGAAGUACUCAUAGUAUGGAAAAAGUUUUAACAUUUGUUUUCAAUAUUCUUUUAACAGAAGUGUGUUCGAAUUGCAGGUACACAAGACAAAUAAAUCGUUGAUAAUAAUGUAUCUUUUGAUGAUGAACUAGCCGAUAAUCAUUUAUCGCAGGAUGCUUCAGGAAAUGAAAUAGCAGAAACAACGGAAAGCGAUGAAAAUGGAACCGACGAUAAUCAUAAUGAUGACGACGAUGUAGUCGAUUAUCUCGUUGAAAGUUCAGACGAAGAGCAGGAAUCGGAACAAUGCAACGAAGUAUUUUCGGUGAGAGAUGCUUUACGUCGUUGGGCCAUAUCAAAAAACCAAACCUACGAAUCAAUCGAGGAAGUUAUGGACAUAAUACGGAAAGUAAGUAACUGCAAGUUGCCGAAAGAUGCCAGAACCCUGCUGAAGACCGACUGCAACCCUUCAACGGAAAUAGUAACGGUACAGAAAGGACAAUAUUGGUAUCAUGGUGUUCAAAAAUGUUUACUAAACGAAUUAAGGCAAUUGACUUUGCUUGGAUAUUUUAAGCUCUAUCUGUAUUUGUACAUAUCGCAUUGUAUAUUUAUAGCAAUGUAAAUCUUCGCUCCACUUCUACGCUCCUGCUUAAUAUUUCAAUCGAUGGGUUAUCGAUCUACAAAAGCAGUAAAUUGCAGUUUUGGCCCAUACUUAUUAACAUCCAUGAUAUGCCAGAAGUACCAGUUAUGACAGUUGCAAUAUACUGUGGACCAACAAAACCAGCAAGCGUUGAACACUUUCUUCGUCCUUUCGUGGACGAAUUAAACUUCCUAAUGAAGAAUGGAGCAAUGAUUAAAAAUAGGAUGAUCAAUAUACAGUUACGUGUCAUUAUAGCCGAUUCUCCAGCACGUGCGCAUAUCAAAGGUGUUGCCAAUUAUAACGCUCGACACGGCUGUUUGAAGUGUACAACUGUUGGAGAAAGUAUACACAGAAGAGUUGCUUUUUCGGAUCAAAUUGCUCCAAGUCGUACUGACGAGGGAUUUAGAAUGCGCAGAUACGGCCUUCAUCACAAAUUUGAAACUCCUCUAGUAUAUUUGGAUAACUUCGAUCUAGUUAAACAAAUAAUAGUUGGAGAUUCGCUUCACAUAAUCGAUUUAGGAAAUACGAAGCGACUACUAAAUGCCUGGAUAAACGGAACACUUGGAUCGGUACACAAGUCUUCAACUCAAAAGAUUAACAACAUGUCAGCAAUGUUGUUAAAUAUAAAGUUGCCAUCCGAGAUACACCGAAAAUUUCGUUCAGUUAACGAACUGAAGUACUGGAAAGGAUCUGAGCUAUCCUCAUUCUUAUUUUACGCCUCAGUAGCUGUACUCAAAGAAAACGUAGAUGAAGUUUACUGUAAACAUUUUAUGUUAUACUUUUGUAGUAUUACGCUACUAUCUUCAGUGGUGUACAAAGAUUAUUGGCCACUUGCACAUUCUCUCCUACAACUUUUCGUUCAACAAUACAAAACUAUAUAUGGUCCAGAGUAUAUUUCUAGUAAUGUACAUAAUCUAGUACAUAUUCACGAAGAAGUAAAGCAAUUCGGUCAUCUUAAUACAUUUUCUUCCUAUCCAUUUGAGAAUAAAUUGCAGCAUAUAAAACGCUUGCUGCGAAGCGGUUCGAAAAGUUUGGAACAAGCUAUUAAUAGAAUUUCUGAAAAGGAAACUUAUUACAAUCACACAGAUAAAAUUUAUCAAAAUAAUGCAUAUCCAAUAGUCAAUCAGAGAGGUAAUUUAGUUACACUUCAUGUACGCAAAGGAUUUUGUUUAAAAAAUGAUAAUCGCAAUCCGUGGUUUUUAUUAAAAUCUGGGAUCAUUUGUAAAUAUGAAAAUGCAUCUAUACAAGAAAAUACCGUGGACGUUACUGCAAAAAAAAUUUCCCAUUCAAUUGAUGCUUUCGACUAUCCUUUCAACUCGAAGGUUAUCAACAUACAUCAUGCUGAUAUAAAUAAUUUAGAAGAAACGGAUACAAUAAUAGGGACCCAGGAUAUAAAGUGUAAAUUAGCAGUAGUACCCCUUUCUGAAGAAAUUGGUUGCUUAUUCAUACCCCUUUUACAUACAUUAGUUUGAAAUAAAAUAUCUAUUUUUAAAAUUACAUAGAACAUGUUUUAUAAUUCGUAAAGCACGGCCAGGAUAUUGGUAAAGAACAAUUUAUGAAUAAAAAAAUGUGUAGGAACUUUUUAUUUCAAACAACGAAUAAUUUCAUGAAAAAAAGAAACAUUAAAAUAGAUCAUAAAAUUGGUUUUCAAGAAAUAGUUCAAAAAAGUUUCAAAAUAGUUCAUGAAAAGUAUUGGAAUUACUGAUUGGUUCACUGUUUUUUAUGAAUAUGGUGAGAGGUUUUCACUAUACCUAAUAAAUUUAGCCUUUGUCCGCUAU